GGUGAGUGCUGGCUGCAAUUGUACUUAACAAGAUGUCCUAUUCAGAUGCAUUCGAUGAUAUCGAGUCAACAGAUUCCUCCAGCAGAGCUCCAUUACGAACUGCUAAAUAUGAUAUACCCAUGGCGAAUGCUGCAAAUGCGACAAAAGCAGAUCUUACCGAAUACGUAGACAAUGGAGUCGGUGAAUCUCUAGAGGAACGACAGGCAUUGCUGGAGGAGUUGAAAGCCGAAUAUAUGAAUUUGCUUGAUAAGGACAAGCCAGAGCUUAUCUUCGUUCAGAAUGAAACAGAUGCUGUGGAAGGGGAUACACUUGAAGAUCUUUUACGCAGACAUGGACCCUUCCCUUUGGAGGAACACAUAGCAGCGAAAAUUUUAAGAAGCGUCAGCUCCGCUGUUAUGUUUCUACACAGUCGUGAGGUCGUCCACGGUGGACUCGACUUCAAUUCAGUCAUCGUCGAUUCGCAUUUCAACGCAAAAACAAUCAUAACUACAACCAUUUAUCGCACAAAACGUUCCUCGUUAGGUGUUAAAGCCAAAGUAGAGGAUGUUUUUCAUGUAGGACUGCUUUUAUAUCGCAUGAUAACUGGCAAAACAGCAAAGUUUGACAAUGAAGGUAGAUUGAUCGGCGGUCCAAGUCCCUAUUUGAGAGUGUCAGAAAAGGGGCUGAAACUGGCUGAAUUUAUGUUAACGAAGAGUGUAAGAUUCCCACCAACAAUUGGACGUGUUCGAUAUAGCGAAUGGCUAGAGGAAUGCGAGGACAACCCACCAGUAUUCGUACUUUUCCCAGAUUACGUCCCGGAGUAGUCCAACGCAAACCCCUGCGCAACAGGCAG